AUGUGUGAUGUUUCAAAAGAACGUCAUGAAAGUUUUGUUAAACAAUUGGAGGAAAUGAAAGUAUGCUUGCAGAAUCAUAUUUCUGAUAUUCGAAAGUUAUUGGAAUCUGAGGUUGAAAUUUUUUCUAAAAAUUAUUCUAAAUUACAUAUGAAGAUUGAUGUGAUUGAUCAAGCUUUAACUUGCUUGAUUGAGGACAUUUCUUCAUUCAACAAAGAUUACACUAUUGGUAUUCAAGACAUAGUGAAAGAAGAUGUUCAAGUCUUUACCAGAGUGGAGGAGUUCUUAUCUGAAAUUAAAACAAUGAUUUUGGCUCAAUUGACGAUUACUCCAGAAUCCAUAUCUCAAAUGGUUUCUAACAUCGAAACCAACAUCAAGGCUGGAUUGGAUCCGAUAAGGAGAUUAUUAAUUUGA